UUAUUAACCUCCCUGGCGGUAUUCCCGAGUGUAGCUCGGGGUAAAAUUUCAGUACCAAAAGCGGUAACCCCGAGCUACACUCGGGCUUACCAUGCGGCGUGGCUCAGGGAUUCCCUGCAGCACUUACCUUGUCCUUCGCUCCCACGAUGCGUCCCCUGCAGCGUCCCCGGCCAUCUCCUCUGGCCGAUGCCGGCAUCUGGCUUCCGUGUUCCGGACCCUGUGAGCGUCGGGACGUACGGGGGCCAGAACUGGAGGCAAAUUUAACAAUUUUAGAAACUGUCAUUUUCUAAUAAACGAAUAUUACAUAGUAAAACAUUACUGUUUCAAACCAUUUCACAUACAU